AUGAACCCCGCAAACUUCCUCAAUGCGAAUGGGGCAAUGAGCGCCGGAGUGAAGCCACCGGGCCAGAUGCAAUCCAAAAACGAGAUGCAGCAUAUCCUUACUCAUGUCGCUCAGGUGCUACAGAACCAGGGUCCAUGGAGUGACUGGAGGGCGGAGGUUCAGCCCAGAGACCGGACGUUCAAAGUACAUCAGAUGAUUACCUCUCUCCGCCUAAUACAGCCCCAAAUCGAGUUACGAAGUGCCGCUUCCGCAGCCAUGAGUUUCGAGAACAAGGCGUUCAAUGAAGCCGCCACCAAGGCCGAUUACGACAGAGAGUUCAAUGAUAAGCUCGUCCACAUCCGUGACACAAGAGCCAGACACGCAGCGGCGAUGCAGGGAGGCAUGAUACAGCAAGGUCCGCCGACUGGCAUGACUGGUGUCGGACAAUCCCCUUUCCCUCAGCAAAUGUCUCGAUCGAUGCAGCCGUCGCCAAUGCCUGGUCAACAACAGAUGCAGAUGGGCAUGAAUAAUCCGAACCAACAGGCAGUCGUGCAACAGCGCCCGCAACAGUCACAGCAGCCACAAGGGAUGCUUCAGCAACAGCGUCCACCGCAACGGCCCGGAGGCGCCGCAGCCUUGAACGACGAUCUAAAUUCCUUAACCCCCCAGGAAUAUGACAACGUUUGUCGUAUAGCGACCCAAAUUCUCCAGAAGACAUCCCCGGAUGAUAUGAACAAGAUUAAAGUGAACUUGCAGAAUAUGAGUCCCGAGCAGAAGGUCUACCUCUCCAAGAAAGGCAUGGACCCCAUCACAUAUUUCUUUCGAUGCCAAGCAAUGAAUCACAUUCGUCGGGUCAAACGCUCUCGCCUCGAGAUGAGUCGAAACAAUCAGAAUAACGGAGGGGACUCUGCAAACGCUUUGAUGGGCGAACCUAUGAUCAACCCCCAGCAACAACGUCAGAUGUUUCAAAAUAUGGUGAAUAUGCAGCAAAGGAAUCCAUCGUUCUCAAUGGGUAAUCAACAGCCGCUCGAUCCUUCGGCGUUUAUCGGUAACGUUGAAAACAUUCAAGGUCAACAGGCUGACGGAUUACGUUCUCAAGAGGCUGGCCAACUUGUCGUUCCUGCUAGCUCGUCCCAGAUGAAUCAACAGCCAUUCAACGCGACUCAAAAUAUGUUUCCGGUCGGGCAACAAAUGGGCCAAAGUAAUCAGGUCAACAUCAAUAAUUCUGGGAUUAGUCCUCAAUUUCUGUCGCAACAACACCUACCGAAUUCCCAAGCCGGUCCACAGGACCGAACUCAACAAGUAGCCCAGUUUCAAUCACAGUCUCAAAAUGCACAGGCUCAACGUGCACAAGCGGCUCAAAAAGCGCAAAUGGCCAUGUCCCAAGCAAAUAUGCAACAGUCGAUACCCCAGAGUCCAGCGAUGCCCAUGUUGAAUCGCCCAAUUGCAGCCCCGGGACAAAUGUCUCCUGCACAGGCUGCAGCUCAAGUACAACCACCUUCGCGGCAACCAAGUACAAAACAGCACCCAGCUAAUGUUCCGCCCAUGGGAACACAACAGGGGAUGCAGAACCGCCCCUCACUGCCCGCAAAUAUACCACCCCACCUUCAGGAACAACUGGCUCGCAUGUCCCCUGAACAGCGGAAUGCUUUCUUUAUCACUCAACAACGUCGUAUGAUGGCAAAUAACCCAGCUCUAGCUAGACCGAAUGCCUCUCAGCCAAAAAUGGCAAUGCAGCAAGGUAUACCACAAUCCAACCAAGGCCAUAUGAUCAACGGUCAAUUGGUUAACCCCCAAAAUAUGCGGGCCUCAUUGGAUUUGCAGCAGCAGCUUGCGUCAAUGGGGGGCCCCCAACAAUCGAACCAGUUGAUGACCGGACAACAAAUGGCUGUUCAACAACGCCAGCAGCAGCUUCAACAACAGCAACUUCAUCAGCUUCAACUUCUUCGUCAGCAGGCCGGAGCGAAUAUGGAAAUGACUCCCGAAGAGAUUAGCCGCAUGGAUAAUAUGCCGUUCCCCCCAGCGAUCUUAAAUAACAAUCCAAAUGCAGCAUCAAUACCUAAAAACAUCAAAUCUUGGGGUCAAUUGAAGCAGCUGGCAGCAACAAGCCCGCAACUCCUAGGUGGAAUCGACCAUCAAAAACUGAUGACUUAUCAGAAGUAUCACCUGGCUCAGAUUCUCAAGGAGACCAACAAUCGGAACUCUGAGCAGGGUGGUCAGGCUUGGGCUCCUGUGAAUUUCCAGGGCCAGCCUCAGUCUUUCAUGAACCCUCAGCAAUUUCAACCUGGUCAGCAACAAGCACAAUUUCCCAUGCCUCAGGUACGGCAGAUCACACCGCAAGAUCUCCAGAUGGCUCGUCAGCGCUUCGGUGCUCAAGUUCAGAAUUACACUGACGACCAACUGCGCGACAUCCUUCGACAAAAGCAUAUACAUGCAGCCCAAGCCCGGGCCGCCCAAGCUCUCGCGAAUCAGCAUAAUCAACAAUCACAAGCGCAAGGCCCACCCGUUUCUCUACCGUCUGCGACAUCUCAUAUCAAGACGGAACAUCAAGCACAGCAACAGGUACCGCAACAGAUUACCCAAAAUCAAGCUGUUAAGGCCCAGAAUGUAUCUCCUGCGAAGCCCGCGAAAGGCUCAGCCACGAAACAAACACCGCCAACGUCAAAGAGAAAGUUACAAGGUGAAGAGACGACCGCUGUUCAGACUUCCCCUGUUCAAGUGUCGACCCAGCCUGCGACUUCCCAAGGUUUGCCGGCGACGGUCCCUUCCAGGCCGACCAUGCCGAUUACCAAAGAACAGUUGGCCUCGAUGACUCCUCAACAGCGCCUGCACUUAGAGAACCAGCUUCGUCAAAAGCAGGGUCAGCUACGUGGUGCACCCAACAGAGCUGCUGCGGAGAAAGCGUGGAGUAACCUUUCCGAGAAUAUCCAACAAUUGUACAAUGAGCUCGCCAAAAACACCCCCGCGGAAAAAGUAGUUGCUGUUACGCCGGAACAAAGGAAUAUAAUGAACAAACAACUACGGGAAUGUAUAGAUUAUCUGGGUAGGCUGGAUGCGCUGGUUCAGUUCGUUGCAAAAUCUCCUGCUCAUGAUAAGAAUUUGCGGAACUUGCUUACAAUGCGGAUCCAAUUGAUGCGCCAAUUCAAACCAAGCGCAGAAUGGGCCUUGAAUGACCAUCUCACGGUCACCCCCGAAUACUUGGCAGGCGCUACCAAUUACAUCAAAAAACUGUUUCAUCAUAUCGCGCGCGUCAAUCAACAGCAGAGCCAAGCACUCGGUCAGCGUGCCGGCGCCUCUCAAAUAUCUAGCGCACAACAGUCGAAUCAAAACAUGGCGCCGCUCAACGCCAGCAAUCUUCAGCAGCUUCAGCAGCAAGAAGAGGCCCUCCAGCGGGCCCGCAGAGCUUCGAGCCAGACUGCAGCCUCAGGGCCCUCUGCCCUUCCACCCGCACCUUUUGGAGCUCCAUCGCCGCAAGGUGUUCCGCAUGCUUAUGGACCGGGAAGUAUGCCGCCCUCGGAACUCAAACUCCCCCCAAACAAGAGGCGAAAGCAGUCGCAACCAACCACUACCCCUGUUUCCGGACCGUCAGGGAUCAAGGCACCAGGGAACAAGCAAGUGGCGACCGAAGUCAGAUCCAGUCUUGGCGCUUUCAAAUGUUCUGUUCCCGAUUGUCAUUUCCACUACCAAGGGUUCGCCACUCAGGAUGAUCUUGAUAAGCAUGUCGAAGAAAAUCACAAGGCCGAGGAGCCCAUUGAAGAUGCUCUCCAGUUUGCACUUCAGAGCUUCAAUACCCUCAUCAAGGACGAACAAAAGCCCGAGUCUCAAGGGCUUACAAAGGGAUUCUCCUUUGCUGCUACAUCACUACCAGCGAAGCAAGAGGUGAAAAUUGAGGGAGCAACACCUGUUUCGGGGCCGACGCCGAUGGGACGAGUCUCCAGUCAGCUGGUCACGAAGCCCGCAUCGCCAGCGCCCAGUCAACAGCUCACCCCAAUUCGGGGAGCGGCUAAAGGUCCUGCUUCGUCAUCAGUCAAGCCUACAUCUAGCCGUGACGGCAAGAAAGAGUCGAGAAAAUCGGCAGAGCAGGACUUAUCCAUGGCAAAGGAUCUAUGGGCAGACAGUAUCAUUUCUUUCGACUCGAUUCGCGAUGGAUUCGACAGUCUGAAUGAAGUAGCCGACCCGGAUUUUGGUGUAAUGGAUGAAUUUCUCAACACUGAAAUGUUCAAUGGCACUCAAGAUACCCCGGACUCCGUGGAAACCGGUGUCGCUACCCAGACUCCUAAGGAUGGUGAUGUCCUGAAGGCUGAUGAAGUGAUCAGCAAGAACCCAGGUGUCACAGUGGGUAGCUGGCUCCCUGCGGAUUGGAGCCGUCUUCCUAGUCAGUUUGAAGAUGCUCUAUUGAAAAAUGAGGCAUGUGAGGAGAUCGACUGGGACAUGAUCGACCUCAAAGGCGGAACGAUGGGCGCCGACGACAACGGCAUUGCCAUUUUUGCCAUGUAG